CAGGAAAUGAUGACUUCAGCUCUUACCACAAGUUGUGGUCACAUUUUGUGAAAAGCAGAUAUGGCCUUUCAAUAAGGUGUGAGCUCUCUCAAACUGAAAGGCGUCGCUAUUAUUAGGUCCUUUAUCGCCAGGCAAACACUGAAGCAAGUCAAUAUUAUGGACCGACACACCUCUUUUUCCAUGUUAGAGAAAUGAAGUUCAUUUCGAGAUUCUUUUUCGUUCUUUACAAAUAAACCAGAUAAAAGAGGAUUUUGCAACCAAACAGUUCAUUCGCGGAAGACGUUUUGUCAAACCGAAUAGCUUUCGGUUUUCCUUUUUUUGCGCGUAGGUGCCAGAGAUGGAGUUUUCGGAGCACAUCAAAACGGCCAACGUUGAAGAUGUUGUCCUACGACGGCCGUCACAUGCUCCGAUGAAAGGGACUUUAUGUGUGACAGGGCAUCACCUUCUGUUCUCUGACAGGGAUGGAGACAGUCCAAAACAGGUCUUGGUACUUCUCAGAAACAUUGAUGCCAUUGAGAAGAGUGUGGAAAACCUGUUAGGCUAUUCCAGCCUCUUCUCUAGUUCAGUCCAGAGUGAAAGGCCAACUGGGUCAUCUGGGACAAUCACCCUCCGGUGUAAGGACCUGUGUGUUCUCCAGUUGGACAUCCCGGGUAUGGAAGAGUGUCUCAACAUCGCCCACUCUAUUGAGACUCUUUCGUCUCUGGAGACAGUGUCACACACGUAUCCCUUCUUCUACAGACCUUCUGGUUUCAGUCUGCAAAGCCAAUGGGGCCUCUCAUCCACUGAGCAAGACUACGCUCAAAUGGAGGAUCUGAACGACCAAUGGAGGCUGAGUCAUGUCAACAGGGACUACUGUGUGUGUCCAUCCUACCCCCCUGCUGUGAUCGUCCCCAGGGCCAUUGAUGAUGAGGCCCUCCUAAAGGUGGCCAAGUUCAGACAAUGGGGGCGCUUCCCUGUGCUUUGCUAUUACCACAAGCCUAACGGCAUGGUCAUCAUGCGCAGCAGUCAGCCCCUGACAGGAGCCAAUAAGAAGCGCUGCAGGGAGGAUGAGCUCCUCCUCCAGGCUGUGAUUGACAGUUCAGAGAAGGGUUACAUUAUCGACACCCGCUCCAGCCAGCAGGCUCAGCAGGCGAGGAUGACAGGGGGCGGCUUUGAGUCCAAAUCCAGCUACAGCUGCUGGAAGAGACUGCACAGGCAACUGGAAAGAGGGAAGGUGCUUCAGGAGAGUCUAAUCAAGCUGGUGGAGGCCUGUGGGGACCACUCCGACAGUGUGGACCGCUGGCUCAGCAAGCUGGAGAACUCCAAGUGGCUGAGUCAUGUUCACAAUGCCCUGGCCACCGCUGGCCUCGCUGCAGAGUGUGUGGAGAGGGAUGGCCACUCGGUCCUGGUCCAUGGUUCUGAGGGGACAGACACCACUCUGCUGGUGAGCUCCCUGGCCCGGCUGAUCCUGGACCCAAGCUCACGCACACUGCCUGGCUUUCUGGCUCUGCUGGAGCGGGAGUGGGUGCAGGCUGGCCACCCGUUCCAACAGCGCUGCGCCCACUCUGCCUACUCCCACGCCCGUAUCAGACAGGAGGCCCCAGUGUUCCUGCUGCUGCUGGACUGUGUGUGGCAGCUAGCCCACCAGUUCCCCCUGGCCAUGGGCUUCUCUGAGGCCCUGCUCAUACGGCUGGCCUCAGAUGCCUAUGCCUCCAACUAUGGCACCUUCCUCUGCAACUCUGACCAGGAGAGGUGUGCUCUGGGUGUGAAGGAGAGAACCCACUGUCUAUUCCAGGCUCUGUUGACACAUAGGGAGAGGGAGUGCUAUUUAAACCCCCUGUAUGAGCCCACAGAGCUGGCCAUCUGGCCCUCUGUCCAGCCCCAGUCCCUGCAGCUCUGGAGAGGUCUGUUUUUGAGGUGGACACAACACACUCGACACCUUGAAGAGGCUCAGGAGGAAAUACGCAGCCUUGUCCUUGAGUGUCGCGGAGCAGGUCGAGUGUCAGGGGAACUUGACCCAUAACCGUUCUAGUUCAUCCAUUCCAAAGACACAUUUGAUGUUGAUUAUUUAAAAUAUCCUACUGUAAAAAUGUGUAUUAGAUUUUUCAUAGUAAAACCUUUAUCUAAAAGUUUAUAACCUUUGUUUUAUAAAUAAUUUGUAUUUGUAA